AUGAACCGACCAGCCAUGAAUGGCCACACAUCAAUUCCCUCACGGCGAUCUGCUCCCGCCAAAUCGACAAAACAACCUACCCCCCUCGCCUGCACCGUCGAACAAAACGUGCCCAUCUACGACCUCGCCGCGCUAGAAGCCGACCCCCAACAACCCAUCACCGCAACCGCCAUCUCCAACCUGCAAGAUGAAUGGCAUCACAUCUUACACAAAGGGCCCGGCAUCUUCGUGCUGCGAGGAAUGUACGCCCCAUCCCGGUACGCGCAAACCCUCACUUCCACAAACACAGCCUUCAACAGUAUAAUCGCGAAAGAGCGCGCAUCACCCACAUCCAAAGGCGACCACUUCGCCGCCGGCGGCACAAACGACCGAAUCUGGAACUCCUUCUCCAAACACGCGCUCGAGGAUCCAGCCUCUUUCAUCGAGUACUACUCCAACCCAUGGCUAGCGACCGUCUGCAGCUCCUGGCUCGGCCCGGGCUAUCGUGUCACGGCGCAGGUCAAUGCAGUUCACCCCGGUGGCGCCGCGCAGGAGUCCCAUCGCGAUUACCACCUCGGGUUUCAGGACGCGGAUAGCUGCGCCGCAUACCCUGGCCCGACGCACUUGACCUCGCAAUUCCUUACGCUGCAGGGUGCCGUUGCGCAUAGCGAUAUGCCGGUUGAGUCUGGGCCCACGCGUUUCUUGCCUUUCAGCCAGACCUAUGCGCCGGGGUAUCUGGCGUGGCGGAGGCCCGAAUUCCGCGCCUUCUUUUUGGAGAGAUUUGUUGCUUUGCCGAUGGGGGUUGGUGAUGGGGUUUUCUUCAAUCCGGCGCUGUUUCAUGCGGCCGGUGCGAAUGUUAUGGAGGCUGGGUCUGGGGGCUUUCGGCGCGUUGCGAAUUUGUUGCAGUUAAACGGUAUCAAGAUGCUGGGGGGGAUGUUUGCGGGGAGUGAUUUGGAUCCGGAGAAAUAUUCGCGAGAGGCGAGGGAGGUUAGGGCUUUUAUUCAGGCUGUUGCGGAGGGGUAUCCUUUUCCGACGAAUUUGGAUCGUAGGCCGCCUGCGCCGAGUGGGAUGGCGCCGGAGAGCGAGCAGGAUGUUGUUAUGCGGGCGUUGGAGGGUGGUUGGAGUCGUGAGAAGGUUGUUGAUACGCUGAGGCAGAUGCGUUUGGAUUCGCAGCCUUGA